AUGGUGGAUCUUGCUAAUUUUCUGCUUUCGCGAGUAGAACAGAUCGAUGACGGAACGACUUUGCGCGAAUUGAUUGAUCGUCUUGUUGCUAGUGGGCCACAGGAUACACCGAUUCACGUGCUAGAGCUGGACUGUGUGGUAUCUAGAUACGCGGAAUGGAUGCGUCAAAUGCCUAAAGUGAAGCAAUACUACGCUAUCAAAAGCAACGAUGCGGACGCGAUCGUUCAUACGAUCGCGUUGCUCGGUGGGGGCUUCGAUUGCGCUUCUCAGCCUGAGUUGGAGCGAGUCCUUGCGUUGGGUGUUCCACCGGAGCGUAUAAUUUUUGCUCAACCAUCGAAGAGUGUUGCGUCACUACACUUCGCUAACGAGAGACAUAUACGAACCGUUUUUGAUAAUGAAUUCGAGCUUGAGAAGAUCGCUAAAUAUCAUCCAAAGGCUGAGUUGCUUCUGCGAUAUCGAUAUGAUUCAAGUAACAGUAAGAUAAACCUAGGCGCUAAAUUUGGCUGUAACCCAGGGGAGGAAGCUCAGCAGCUGCUAAAUCGAGCGCGAGAAUUGAAAUUGAACGUGGUAGGAUGUUGUUUUAACGUUGGUUCCAUGAGUUACGACGCUAACGUAUUUUACGAGGCCAUCCGUGCUGGACGUGCAAUCAGUGACUAUGCGGCGUCUAUUGGGUUCAAGUUUCGUGUACUGGAUAUUGGCGGAGGAUUCGUUGGUGAUAGAAAUGAUUCGAUCGCUCGGUAUGCCGAGAUGAUCAAUAGGGGCCUGGAGGAGUUUUUCCCGGACAGCUCUAUGGAGGUAUUUGCCGAGCCAGGACGUUACCUGUGUGCUGCUGCAGUGACGAAUAUCGCCUCGGUUCAGGGAAAGCGAUAUAUCCGCGAGGGUACGGCAAUUCGCAGUGUGGCGUACUACUUGAACGACGGUAUUUACGGCACGUUUUACAGUGCCAAGUAUCGGGGAAUGGCUCUCAAGAUUGUGGUAUGGAAAUCUCCCGACCGCUGUGGGCCUGAACGGGAUUCUACCCUUUUCGGACCCACUUGCGAUGGUAACGAUUACUUCGCGGUCGGUUUACAGCUACCUGAGCUAGAUAUUGGCGACUCACUGGUGUUCGAUACAGAAGGUGCGUACUCGAGUGUGAAUUCAUGUCGCUUUAAUGGAUUCCAUCUACCAAAAGUUGUGCCAUAUAUGCGGCAGAGUGUGUCUGAGUUGUUUCAACAAAUUGACGCAGUCAAAGAGGACACCAAGCAGGUUCAAAAAAUUCUGCUAAACUCCGAGUAUUUGAGAAUAUUCGCUAAAGUCCCCGAAGUCAUUUCGUUCCACACGAAAUAA